CACCAACACCCCCCCAUACUUACACCUGCUGAGCAGUGUACAGGAAGCUCUUAGGGGUAAAGUUAACACUGUGGAUAUAUUUAUUAUAUUACGUCUUCUAAUAUUUUUACUUAAGGGUAUCCGCAACAAUGCCCCGCAAGCAAACCCAGUUGCGCGGUCCUCGAGAUCAGACAUACAAAAAACAGCCCCAAAAGAAGAAACCCAGCAAGGCUUUGAAUGCUCUCGCUAUCGCAGAGGCUCAAUUUCCCAUUAAACCGAAGAUUCGACGAAACCGACUAGGCGAUGACGACCAGUUCAAGCGCAAGCGACAUCCUGGUCGCGACGUGGAUGAUUCAGAUGGGCCUGAUAACAAGCGUCGUCGGACCGGUGACGAGUCAUCUGAUAUGAGUGAAAACGGUGGCGGUGAUGACGAAGGCCGUCGGUGGAGACUCGGGGAGGUCGGCAGUGAUAACGAUAGCGAGCUGGACAGUGACGAGGCCUUGGGUUCUAGCGAUGAGGAAAGAUUCGAGGGCUUCAGUUUUCGUGGCAGCUCUACGCUUAAAUCUAAGCGGAAGGGCACCGAAUCUAAGAAACGUGGUCGUCAGAUUAACUUGUCUGAAGAUGUCGAAGAAUCAGAAGAGAGCGAGGUGGACGAGGACGACGACGAUCUUGGUGAAGAUGCAGUGGAUUUGACUACCGCUUGGGACAUGAACAUGGCCGAAGAAGAGGAAGGAGAAAAGCGAAAGUCGUCGAAGGCGGAGAAGGAAGCAGAAGAUGAUGAUGAACAUGAUCACUCAGAGGGAAGCGGCUCCGAAAGCGACUUCGAUGACGACGACGAUAGCAGCUUCGAUGAUGAGAGCGAGCUGUCGCUGUCCGACGAUGAACUCGACGCUGGUAACGAGAAUGGUCUUUCGAAGCUACAGGAUUUUGUCAACUCUAUGGAAACGGAGUCUGCUAAGAAGACAACACGGAAAACAAGCGGCGGACAAGAACAUGGCAACCCAACAGAAUUUGGAUUGGUGUCUACACAGAAAUUGACUGUGGCCGACCUUUUACCAUCUAUCACAGACUCUCGCUUGAAGAACUCAUUAAAACACGUUGAUUCAAAUAUAUCUACGCACAAGUCGUCUGGCGUACCUGGAAAGUUAGAUGCUCCUCUUGCGAAGCGCCAGCAGGGCCGGCUGGACCGAGCUGCAGCAUAUGAGAAGAGCAAAGAAACGCUGGAUCGCUGGUUAGAGACUGUUAAGGCAAACCGUCGGGCGGAGCAUCUUGUAUUCCCUCUUCCCGAUCCCGAAGCAAAUCAGACACACCGAAUGAGUGCCGCGCAACCGCGAACGGAUCUUGAAAGCACUAUCCAGAAUAUCCUAGUUGAGAGUGGUUUGGCGGAAGCCAAUGGAAAGUCGGCCGAAGAUCAGGUACAAGAAUUCGAGGAAUUACAAGCGCGAAAACUACCUAUCGAAGAAAUUCGGGCGCGCAGAGCAGAGUUGCGGAAACGGCGCGACCUGCUUUUCCGAGAAGAAGUGCGAUCCAAGCGGAUCAAGAAAAUUAAGAGCAAGUCAUACCGCCGUGUGCACCGAAAAGAACGGGAGAAGUUAGAGCAACAAGAAAGACAAGCUCUUCUUGAAGCUGGAGUAGACAUUGAGGAACAAGAACGAGAGCAAAAUGAGCGGCGCAGGGCGGAAGCCAGAAUGGGUUCGAAACAUAAGGACAGCAAAUGGGCCAAGAGUCUCAGACAAACAGGACGCACUGCGUGGGACGAGGAAGCUCGACUCAGUACGGCUGAUCUGGCCCUGAAGGAGGAAGAGUUACGGAGAAGAAUUGAAGGAAAGCGAGUAUCGCAUGGAGACCAAGACUAUCUUGGGUCGUCAAGUUCAGAAUCUGAGGAUGAUGAUCCCUGGAACGAAGAGAAUAGCUCGGAUGUUGAGAAGCGCAAACUUCGCAAGAAAUUAGACAAGCUUGAAGAGGGCAGCGAUGUUGAAUCAGAAAUCAAGGGUCCUCACGCCAAGCUGUUUUCGAUGAAGUUCAUGCAAAAUGCGGAGGCUGCGCGCAAAGCGCAAAAUGAUUCCGAAAUUCGACGCCUCAAUCGCGAACUCCAUGGUGAAGAGUCCCAAUCAGAGGCCGAGUCUGAGGUAGGCCGGCGUAAAUUCGGUCAUUCCGAGCCUGCGAAGUCAGCUACGGAGGGCAAACCAAAACCUCUACCUCGAAAUGAGUUUGAAGAGGCCCCGGGGUCAGAUGAUGAAGACCCCCAAGCACCCGAAGCUGGUCAAGAAGUUGAUGUUGCCGUCAAUGGUCUUGACAAGAAAAAACCGUCACGGUCUGAUACCAAGUCUCGCGCACGUGGUACGCUUAGGUCUUCUGAACAGAAGGAAGAUGCUAUUGAGGAAGAAAACCCGUGGUUAAUUCAGACGAAUAGAAAUAACCGUCGAACAACAACAGAUGAUUCACAGCAGGGACUUGAUAUCACUGUGAAUUAUGCGAAGCCUGAUGGCACAAACACUAAAUCCAAGUCCCUUUCCAAUAACAAACAGGAGAAACCAUCCAUACGUUCCAAAAGCCAACAUGUUGAUGAGGGUGAUGAUAGCGAUGAUGAGGGUAGCGUGCCAGUGCUUCUGAAGAACCAUGACCUUGUUAAGAGAGCCUUCGCUGGGGAUGAAGUUGUGCAGGACUUUGAACAAGAGAAGCAUGACACUAUCAAGGAGGAAGGUGACCAAGUGAUCGAUAACACCCUGCCAGGCUGGGGCAGUUGGGCAGGUGAUGGUAUCAGUAAAAAGCAGCAGAAGCGACAGAAACGAUUCCUUACUAAAGUCGAGGGUGUGAAGCCUGAGAACAGAAAGGACGCCAAACUCUCUCGUGUCAUCAUUAACGAGAAACGACUUAAAAAGAACAACAAAUACCUCGCUACUCAGCUUCCCCACCCCUUCGAGUCGAGACAACAGUACGAGAGGUCUCUUCGUCUCCCUAUUGGCCCCGAGUGGUCGACGAAGGAAACUCUACAGAACGCAACCAAGCCUCGCGUGAUGGUCAAACAGGGCAUCAUCAAGCCGAUGGAAAAGCCUAUGAUUUGAUUGCGAUGCAUUGGGUCCAGGACGGUUGUUGGCGGGAGCAGGGAUCGCCGAUACUGUUGGUCAUUAUUCUACUUGAUAUUCUUUUUCUUUUGAUGUGUUCAUAGAUUGCGGCUUGCAUCACGAUGCACUGUCAUCGAUUAGAUGACGAAAAAGAGUUACGAUCCCCGAUUUGUUGCGACUAUCUUUGAGUUUUUUAUUAUCUACCCCCUUAACUGCCGUCCGUGUAGAAUUCUGGUAUAUACAUUGU